AUGGUUUCCACAAGCGACGCCUGGGUUUCUUUGGAUUUCCUGGUACUUGACGUGCCAGAAGAAGCUAAGUAUUCGCAGGUGCAGAGCUUCUAUGAAGGCGAAGUAAUCUUUAUAACAGGUGCGACUGGAUUCGUUGGACAGGCUCUCCUUGAGAAAUUGCUGCGAUCAUGCCCAGGCAUCAGGCGGAUUUACCUGUUGAUCCGCCCAUAUAAAAACGAGAGUCCAGCAGGAAGGCUUGAAUUUCUUGUAAAGUCAGAGUGCUUCAAGCGGUUGAAUCAAGAAUAUCCAGAGAGCUUGAACAAGGUUGUGGCCGUCGAAGGCAACCUCACAGAGGAAAAUUUGGGCCUGAAGUCCAGCGACUACAAACGCCUCGCUUCAGAGGUGUCCAUUGUUUUUCACAGCGCUGCAACCAUCAGAUUCAACGACACCUUAAGAAACGCUGUGAUGAUCAACAUGGAAGGCACAAAAAGUGUUGUGGACCUUUGCCAUAAGCUAGAUAAACUGAAGGCCAUUGUGCACGUCUCAACAGCAUUCGUCAACUGCGACCAUUACACGCUGGAGGAGCGACUGUACCCACCAACGGUAAAGCCGGAUGACAUUAUCACGUUAAGAAAAACAAUGAACGAGGUUGAUCUCGUGAAACUAACCCCUGAGCUGCUGGGAGCCAAACCGAACACUUACAUCUUCACCAAGCAUCUUGCUGAGUGGAUCGUUGCAGAACACGGCCGAGACCUUCCCUUUGUCAUCGUUCGACCCUCCAUCGUGUCUGGUUCGUGGAGAGAACCAGUUCCGGGCGGUACAGGUGUGGUAACAACCAUCGUGGGAAACAAAAGUGCAGUCAUGGACAUCAUUCCGGUAGACGUCGUGGUCAAUGCACUCAUCGUCGCAGCUUGUCAAGCGCCGAAACGAGAAAGAAGCACGUCCCAAGCGCUAUUCGGGCAGGAUCCCCCGGUGUACAACUGCGCAAGUGGCACCAUCAACAAGAUCCUGUACAGCGAAGUUGCGCACCUUACCACCAAAAUGGGGCGGAGGCACUUUCCGAAAACACUCUGUGGUCGUCCAGGAUUGGACAUGACGAUGAGCCGAUCCUACCAAGCCGUCGCCGUCUUUGUCUUCAACUAUAUUCCGGCCCUGUUUUCUGACCUCGUGCGGCCAAAGAAAGACCAGAAUAUAAGGUUGGCAUUCUAUUCAUUCAGCAUAUUUUUAAUCUAG